GAGAAGAGCUGGAUUAAUGCAGCGGUGAGAAACGAACGGGGACGGUAACGGCGGUGAUCGACGUCUCUCGAAGUCUCCGAGUUAUUAACAAUAUUUCGCAUCGAACUGAAAGGACAUUCAUGAAAUAAGUGAGAGGCGUUUUAUUGGAAAAAUGAUUUCGCCGUGGGACAGAUGGUACACGACCAGCUGCUGUCUGUGUUGUCAUGUACGGACGGGCACCAUUAUCCUGGGCAUCUGGUACAUGCUCAUCAAUGCAGUGGUUUUGUUAAUCCUAUUGUCGUCUCUCAAUGACCCAGUCCAGUAUCACUACCACCUCACCAGUUCUGAUCUCGGCACGGAUUUGGACGUCAUGGAUGAUGCAAACAUGUGUAUUGCGGCUGCGAUCUCUUUGCUGAUGAUUUUGAUUUGCGGAAUGGCUACCUACGGAGCAUAUAAGCAACAUGCAGCAUGGAUCAUCCCCUUCUUUUGCUAUCAGAUCUUUGACUUCGCCCUUAACACACUGGUAGCAAUAAGCGUCUUGGUUUAUCCCAACACUAUACAGGACUACCUUCAGCAGUUGCCUGGGACCUUUCCAUACAAAGAGGACUUGAUGUCCACAAACAACAUGUGCCUAGUAUUAGCAGUGCUUCUCUUUAUUGGAUGCAUCUUGGCCUUUAAGGCGUAUCUUAUUGCUUGCGUGUGGAACUGCUACAGAUACGUGAGUGGAAGAAGCUGUACGGAGGUCCUGGUUUAUGUCACCACAAAUGAUACUACAGUACUACUUCCACCCUACGAAGAGGCAGUCGCCAUCCCACCGAAGGAUCCCCCACCCCAGUACACUUCGGCUUGAGAUAGCCGUAUCUCUCUUAUUUCCCACAGUCCUUCCCUUUUCCAAAGAAACACUUUCUCGACACAAUAGCCCAUUCCGCUGCCCCGGUCUAUGUGUGACGUAAGUCUCCUCUCCUCGCUAGAGGUGGUAGUAUGACUUUGAAACGCUCUUCCCUCUACAAGACUGCCCAGCUGUCCUGGCAACCCAAAGUUUUGUGUCGGCUCCAAUCUCAUUUGCACUUUCAGUGAUGAUCUGUGGCACUGGCCUUUUGAAUACUGUGAACUUACUUCAGUAGUGUUGUUGUCUACUGAUGUACCUGAGAUUUGAAUGCAGCGUGAGAGCACUUUUCAAAUGGGAAUUACCUAGAAAAUGAAUGUAAGAAAAUCAGUUUUUACUUAAAUCUUUUGCAAACGUUGUACGGCACAAAAGAAAUAUUUAGACAUUCUGGUUCAGAAUUUAACUAAAUUAGUUAUAAAAUUAAGCAAUUCAAGUUUGUU